AUGGAUCACCGCAUCGUGCUGCAGAGCUACACCCCGGGUCAGCAUCGAAUCAUUUGCCCGACGUGCAACGGUGGGUCCACGGGCGAGCGCUCGCUGGCCGUGCACGUAGAGGAUGAUGGGAAGAGCGCGGCGUGGAUGUGCCAUCGAGCCAACUGCGAGUGGUCUGGUGGCACUGGUAUGGAUGGGCGCACGCGCGCGUCCAAGGGCGCGGACGGCGCGACAUCGAACAGACGUGUGGCGAAACCCAAGUUGCCGGCGCCGGAGGACUUGCAGCGCAUCGGACCGGGAGAAAUGACGGCGGCGGCGACGAAGUGGGCGGAGAUGCUCAAGUCGCGCGGCAUCUCGCUCGAAACCGCCGAACGCAACGGUUUGGCGGUACAGAGUGUGUACUCCCCCAUCGCGAGUGGUUACGUCGAUGCUUUGUGCUUUCCGUACAUGCGUGACGGAGAGUUGAUCAACAUCAAGUACCGCGGUCCGGACAAGACGUUUUGGCAAGUCAAGGGCGCCGAAAAGAUCUUGUACGGCUUGGACGACGUGACUGGUGAAGAGGAAGUUAUUCUCGUCGAAGGCGAGAUGGAUAAACUGGCGCUCGAAGAGGCAGGCUUUAAGAAUGUGGUCUCGGUUCCGGACGGUGCGCCGGGCAAAGUGAAGGACGGCCCGACGCCUGCGCCCGAGGAGGACAAAAAGUACGAGUACCUUUGGAAUUGUCGCGCGCAGCUCGACACGAUUUCUCGAUUCGUCAUCGCCACCGAUUCCGAUGGGCCAGGUCAGGCGCUUUCGGAGGAGCUCGCGCGACGCCUCGGGAAAGAGCGCUGCUGGCGCGUCACCUGGCCCGAAGGCUGCAAGGAUGCCAACGAAGCGCUUCAGAAAGAGGGCGCCGACGUCGUGCGCGAGUGCCUCACCACGGCUGAGGGCUUCCCUCUGCGAGGAUUGUUUAGAUUUUCCGAAUUCGCGCCCGAAAUUGAGUCGUAUUUCAACAUGACCACCGCGAACGAGCUUCGUGGCGUGUCUACGGGGUGGCGCAACAUCGACAACAACUACAGAAUCGUCCCGGGCGAGCUCACAGUCGUCACCGGCGUGCCGAAUAGCGGUAAGUCAGAGUGGGUGGAUGCGUUGAUGUGCAAUUUAGCGGUUCAGCACGGCUGGUCGUUCGCGCUUUGUUCUCUCGAAAACAAAGUGCACGAACACGCGAGAAAGUUGGUGGAGAAAUACGUGGGAGAACCUUGGUUCGAAGGAAAAUAUUCGAAAGCGCCGCGAAUGAAUCCGGAUACGAUGCGCUCCGGGAUGAAGUGGUUGAACGAGCAUUUCGUGCUCAUUCGUCACGAAGACGACGAACUUCCUAGUGUGGAUUGGAUCUUAGGAUUGGCGCGCGCCGCGGUGUUGCGUCACGGCAUCCGUGGGCUCUUGAUCGACCCUUACAACGAGCUUGAUCACAAGCGUCCCACGGGCCAAACGGAAACCGAGUACGUGUCGCAAAUGCUCACUCGAAUCAAACGGUUCGCUCAGCACUACGACGUCCACGUCUGGUUUGUCGCCCACCCGCGUCAGUUACACAACUGGAAAGGCGAAGCCCCGGGUCUGUACGACAUCUCCGGCUCGGCGCACUUCAUCAACAAGUGCGACAAUGGCAUCGUCGUCCACCGUAAUCGCGACGAAAAGCUCGGAUCGCUUCGUGAGGUGACGAUUAACGUUCAAAAAGUUAGAAAUAAAGUCGCUGGCUCUAUCGGCGACCCAAAACUCGAGUACAACGUCUCCAACGGUCGUUACGUCGACAUCUAG